AUGCCCAACGAAAUCAAAGAUAUCACCACCCGGGAUGAAACAUCCUUCCCCUACAUCUUCGAACAGAAUGUGUCCAUAUCUUUAAAGGACCAAUCGGGUGUGGUGCGAUGCAACGUCUAUCGCCCUAAGGGCUCGGACAAAGUUCCGGUCCUGGUGACCUAUGGACCUUACGGCAAGGACAUUCCUUACAAGGACUUCCACCCUAAGAGCUUCAGCGAGGUCAACCCCGAGCAGAAAUCAGAGCAUUCUGCUUGGGAGACACCAGAUCCCAAGUACUGGACUACCCAGGGCUAUGCCGUGGUGCGCGCUGAUGAGCGCGGCACUGGCCAGUCAGUCGGCAAGCUCGAUACCAUGUCGCGUGGCACCAGCGAAGCUUUCUUCGAUGUGGUCGAGUGGGCGGCUGAGCAGCCCUGGUCGUCUGGCAAGGUUGGCUUGCUGGGAAUCAGUUACUUUGCUGGUAGUCAAUGGCGUGUCGCUGCUCGGCAGCCAAAGGGUCUGGCAUGUAUGAUUCCCUGGGAGGGCAUGUCUGAUUACUACAGAGAUCGAUGCAGACACGGUGGAAUUCUGUCCAAUGCUUUCAUCAAGUUCUGGUGGAACCGCCAGGUUGUGAGCAACCAGUAUGGUCUGGGUGGUCGUGCGGCUCGCAAUUGGGGACCUGAUUCCAUUGAGGGAGACUUGUCAGAGGAGGAGUUGGUACAGAACCGUCAGGAUCAGACCAUCGACAACGAGGAGAACAAGUUCCGCGAUGAUCUCUACUACGCCUCUAAGGAGUACAGUCUCUCCGAUAUCCAGGUGCCUCUUCUGUCUGUGGCUAACUGGGGUGGUAUUCUUCUUCACCUGCGUGGAAACGUUGAAGGAUGGACCCACGCUGGUUCCGAGCUCAAGUACCUCCGCUUUAUCACUGGUCGUCACGAUCUGCCCUUCUACUACUCUCAGGAGGUUGAGCUGCAACGCAGCUUCUUGGAUGCCUUCUUGAAGGGCGAGGAUCGCGAGGGCUGGUCUACUGGAAAGGCCCCCAAGGUCAAUAUCAUGUUGCGCAAGGGUGAUGUUGGCUUCGACAAUGCCGAAGCCGAGGCGCAAUUCCCUCGCCGCAUCGAGCACGAGUGGCCCAUUGCUCGCACUCAAUACACCAAGUACUACUUGACAUCGCAGCGUGAGCUGAUCAAACACGCUCCCAUUGAGCGCCAGACCAAGAUCUCCUACCAGGCUCUGGGUACCAUGGAAAACCCACAACUGGUGCAAUUCGUCACUCCGGCCUUUGAGAAGGAGACUGAGAUUACUGGACACAUCGUCGCACACUUGAAUCGCCACCCCCGGUGCUCCCACCCCCAGGACCUGGACCUCUUCCUCACUCUCCGCUAUAUCUCCCCCGAAGGCAAGGAGGUCUUCUACACCGGUACCGCCGGUGACCCCGUUCCCCUGUGCAAGGGUUGGCUGCGUGUCAGCAUGCGCAAGGUCGAUGAGCAGAACUCUCGCAACCGACCUUGGCUGCCCCACCGUAACUACUACUCUACGGAUGUGCAGCCCGUUCUUCCUGGUGAAGUUUAUCCCGUUGAUGUGGAGAUUUGGCCGACCAACGUGGUGGUUGAGAAGGGUGGAAAGAUCAUUCUGGAGGUUGCCAGUGGUGAUACCCAGGGAUCCGGAAUCUUCCAACAUAACUCUCCUAUUGACCGAUCCGUGGAACGCUUCCAGGGCCAGAACCACAUUCACUUUGGUCUCGGUGACAACUACGUGACUCUGCCUAUUAUUCCUUGAAAUAUUGGUGAAUAGGUAGAAAUGAUUAUUGUAAAUGAAUGAUAUAUAGAC